GAGAUUGUUACUUAGCAGUCCACUCCUCCACUCCUCACCCUGGACAAGCAAAGCGCAACACAUUCUCAAGCUUUUAUGAGAAGAAAGAAACCAGCCCGUGUCCUAGGUCUUAUUCUGUGAAACUAACAGCAUUUAUCAUGGAAAAACUUGAUGCCUUCGUCAAACAGAUUAUUUCUUAGAAUAGGUGAGGCUUGUUGAAAAUGGAAUCCUCGUGCAAGUCUAUUAGAUAUCCUGAUGAGAGACGACUAACAAGUAGAAAGUUUGUUGAGCUCCAUGUGCUGUUUGUACCAAAUGAACAGUGGAACUUAAAACUGAAUAGAGUGCCGGUUGAAGCCAUAAAGAGCUUCAUAUCUGCUGGAUUCAUCAGGGUCUUUCCUGAUAUAUCUCUCAGAACUCUCAGGAGUGAGCUUGGCAUUCUCCUCGGAGCUGAGAGAGAUAUUGACAAGCUUUCCUUUUUAAAAUGUGUGGGCCGAAGCUUGGCAUUGGUCAAAGCCAAACAAGAAAGGGAUUUGAAAGUGAAGUAUUUUGCCCCGCCAUAUGCCCCUCAGCCAGAGCUGUACCUGUUGCCCAGGGUGGAGAGCGACAACAGUGUCUGUUCACAGUCCCUCACCCCCAACACCCACUCCACAGAUCCCCAGAUUUACUACACUGCCAGAGUGCAAGGAAUGCCAACAGGGACAAAAGAGCCUUUUAAAUUCCCUCAGAUCCCCCAGGGUCUCCAGCCACAGCCCCCUUCCUCCCCCAGCCCCGAUGAGGAGGCGAAGGAAGAGGAGAGCUAUUGCUCCACAGAGGAGAACGAGGAGGACCUUCUCACCUCUCAGCAGUCUGGGUGCGCUGAGGAUGACCUCCUCCUGUGGAAGGCCCAAGCCCAGGGGCCACCCCAGUGUGUCAUAGAGGCUAAAGAAUCAGUUGUGGGGAAGGUGGCACCUGCUAAGAAACAGCGUUUCAAGAGAAACCGAGCGAGCAAUUCGGGUGUUCCAGAGUCACUGGAAGAUCAGGAUUCUGUGUUUUCUCCCACCCCACACAGGUUUAGGAAAUCUAAAGAUGCACAGACACUGAAGUAUAUCAGGAAUAAACAAAAUGAGGUAUCUGAACACCCAGUAACUAUGCCUACACAGUACGCCUCUCCACCCCCCGCCCCAACCCUGGGCACUCGUAAAACGGCUGCCUCGGUCUUCCUAUCAAGUAGAGAUGAACUGAUAGAGGAAAUUAAGAUGGCAAAAGAGGAGAGAAAGCAACUAGAACAGACAAGACAAGAGUUGCUGAGAAAAGGAAAAGACUUGCUGGCCCAGAACAGACACCGUCGAAAUCAAGCUCGUGAUAGCUGGAAGAGGAGUUAUUUUGAUACCAAGAAGGCCACAGCCCCUUUGGAGGUCACACUGAGAAGUCUUCGUCAAGAGCUGGAGAUAUUCUACAAUAACAUCCUACACCAGCUAAAGGCGAGGGAUGGAGGAGGAAAGCCCAGAUGGCGGGCAAGAUUGUCAAGCACCAAAGAAUCUUCAAGUAUGACAAUUGGGUACUCUUCCCACCAUGUUCAGAAUGAGCUCAUUAUCCAGAUAAUGACAGAGAGCCAUGAGAUUGACAACCUAAGGAGGAAGGUGGAUGAUGCCAAGAUGAGGCUCGUCACAGAGAUCAAGCUCGGGAAGCAGGCUGCCACAGAGCUGAGAGCCUUGAAGGCUGAGCUGGCCCAGAAGAACACCCAGAUAUUUCUCUCUGGCUACAUGGGCUUUGGAGCAGGAGCAAGGGACAGACCACAGGCUCAAAGCAUCCCUAACUGAGCCACUUCUACCAGUACCACCGUGGCCUUAUUCCAGAAGACAAUGUUUGCUUUCCGUUUAUUCCAAAUUAUAUAUUUUAGAAAAGGUCACAUUUAAAUUGUUAUGUCUAUUUGCAAUGCAUAUCAAGUGAAAGCCAUGACUUCACAGUUUAACAAACAACAAUUGUUCAUAUUAAACUGUCGUGUCCCUGUUGCAGCAAGAACAA